UUCGUUCGGUUCAUCAUCAACAUCGCUACCGCGGCAUACACUACCACCGCUCGCUGCUCUUAUUGAGGGGCAGCACAUCACACCAGCGCUGGCUUUCAGGAUUCACCCCGUUGCACCGCACGCCAGAGAGGCUGCCACCGGCUGCGUCUGGUGGUGGAUUAACGCGACGACAACAAACAGCACGCUCAGCAUGCGUCGACGUACGUUGUGGACCAGCAGCCGCGCGCGCCGACGGCUGCAGAACAGCGGCAAGAGGCUGAUUUUCGUCUCGGCAUUCGUCGCCUGCUCCACGCCCCGGAGCCUGGGGUUAUUGCCGACGGCCACGCACCCGACGGCCCUCCGGAGAUGGAAGUCAACCACCACGGCUUUCGGGCGUCAUCACGACGAGAGCAGCGGCAGUAGCAGCAGCCGACACUUGGCCGACAGCGUGGGCAGGAGCAUCAGGAUGGCCAGGAGAAGAAGAGAGAGCACGCUUAUGGCCGCGCAAGGAGCGGCGGGCGGGAGCGCGGAUGGGAGGCAGGGGCCGGGCAAAGGGACGCAGGUGGUGCUCCUCCGGCACGGGAUGAGCACGUUCAAUAAGCUCAACAUUUUCACGGCAAGUGGUGGAUGGUGCGACGUGCCGCUGACGGAGGAGGGGAAGCAGGAGGCCCUCGAGGCGGGCAAGCUCCUCGCCGCGGCAGGCUUCCGCUUCGACGUCGCCCACGCCUCCGUCCUCAAGAGGGCCUGCACUUCCCUGCACCGCCUCCUCGACGGCUGCGGGCAGCCCUACGUCCCCGUCAAGACGAGCUGGAGGCUUAACGAGAGGCACUAUGGAGCGCUACAGGGGAGGAACAAGGCCACCCUGGAGGAAGCGAUGGGCGAAGUCGUAAUCGAGUGGAGACGGGCGUACGGGGUCAGGCCUCCUCCGAUGACCGACACCCACCCGCACUGGCCCCUCAUCAGCCUCGACUCGCGCUACCAAGGGCUCAAGGUGCCGCAGUCGGAGAGCCUGCGGGACACGGCCAACAGGGUGAUGGAGUACUGGGAGUCUGAUAUUGUGCCGGACAUUAGGGCGGGGAAGAGAGUAAUAGUUGUGGCGCACGCGAACACCCUCCGAAGUCUAGUCAAGAGGCUGGACGACGUUGAAGAAGACGCCAUUAGAAACGUCAACAUCCCGACGGGCGAGCCGUUCGUGUACGACUUUGACGCGGACCUCAAGCCGAUCGGGGAGCCGGACAAGCACGGCUUCCGCGGCCGCUUUGUGGGGGACCUGAUGGCGGAGAAGGACGCCGCCGUCAACGAGUACAAGCGUCGAGAAGAGGCCUGCCACACCAAGUGGGAAGAGAACCCGGAAGCUGUCCCGGAGGAGUGUUGGUGCGUGGAGGACCUCGUGGAGGAGUCCGACAACCCCGCCCAGCUCUCGUCGCUGCCGCCGCCGCCGCCGGUGUCCUCGCGCUUCGGGGAAGCCCAGGCCUCCCUCGGCCUGGACCGCUACUCCGUAGGCUACGACCUCCCGCUACCGCCCAUGCGCGGGUCGAUCCCCGCAUCCGUGGGGGGUGAUCCGACGGCCAAGGUCGCCGGUGGAUCGGUGCUGGAGGACGUAGGCGGCCUCCUCGUGGAGACAAUGAAGGAUCUGGUGGCGGCCGGGGGCGCGAGCGCCCGGGCGGAGGUGGAGGGGGGGCCCGACCGUAACGAGACGGUCUCGUCGUCUGCUCCUGCUUCGCCGUGAACCGGUCGUGGCAGCAAGCGGCGGUAAUUGCUGCUUCUCCGUGAGUCGGUCGCGGCAGGCGGCCGUCAUGUUGUACAUGUGCACAACGGCCAAGCAAGAGGGCUGUUGUGUUGUUGUUGUUGUUGUUGUUGUCGUUGCUGCUGCUGCUGCUGCUGCUCUGAUUCCGCGAUCUCGUCCGCUCCGCGCUUGCUGUGGUGGAUGUGCCGGUGCCGGUGGUGGGUCGUCCACCGCGGCGCAGCAUCCAGCAAACGGGUAUCGGUUCUUGGCUUGGUGGCCUCCGCGGGGAUUGGCUUUCGCUGGGUGGUGCGACGGCGGGGGGGGGGUACCACGGCGCCUUUUUCAUCUGGUGUCGUGCGUGUCUGUUGUCCCCCCCUCGCUUGUUUUUUAGUAUGGGUUUUGGCUUUUUCUCGUUGUUGGGGCUAAAAAAUGUGGUGGUGCGCGAGACGGGCGCUACGCAACCGGCCGGGGGCCGGUUUUCACUUUUUACGGAGGCCGCAGCAGAUGGGUAAGUAUGGUGCUGAUUAAUAUGCCGGCACCUCAGACUCGGAGGGAAGACUUCCGGCCCUAGAGAAGAGUGAAGUACUUUCCAAUAGUCAAGUUGCAAGACAGGUCUGUCUGCGUGGUGCUGUUUCCGGUCUCCGUUGUACUUGUGCUGACUCUCCCACAUGAGGGGGGCGGUGGCAAGGCUGUCGGAAUUGUAAUGUAUAGUUUGUGAGAUUUCGAUGGGGGCACGGGCUGUCAUGUUGCUUGCGAGAAGCGUUGUGUUGGUUUUUUCUCUCCACCGUUGGGCGUGACCCUUAAAGUUGUUGCAUGGUCAUCUGAGCCACGGCCUUACAGUAUGCCUCAGGAACACUCAACAGCCCUUGUCGUUCUGUCUGCCGUUGUUCGGAGGGUUUACGAGCCUGUCUGCCGUUAACGGACCCGCACUGCUGUGGACGCUGCCGUUUCGUCUCGAUGUCUUACUUACGGACUAUUCUGUUCGUCAUUCGUUUCAUUUUUAUAGUCUUUGUCGCGCGGAAUGCAGUUGUCGAGAUUGGCAACGCAUAUUGUCUCAGGCAACCGUGCUGGUCCUCUUAGAAUUUCUCGGUAAAACAUGUUUAUUUUUUUGGUUUCGUGUGUUGUCGUUGCCAUGAGGGGGGACGGUGCGCGACGACGAUGGUUGUGAUGAAGGCGGUCUACAUGAGGCACACAACCACGCACUAUUAAUAGUCUACUCGAUCUGACGUUCAGCGAUUUUCACAGUGCCUGUUCUCGGAGUGCAAGUGCUGAGAAUACGUUGCCGUUCUUGCGCUUUUCUUGGCAAAACGCCGCGGCAUGUGGAGUCGCUGUUGGUCGAGUUCAUUUCGGUUCGUGAGUGCGGUAAAGUUUGCUGCGCGCAAGAUCUGUGGGGAUGCAUGAGAGUGUCCGUCUCUCCAUCGGGAAGACACCAGAAUCCGUUUGUUUCUUCAAGCACGACUGUUCAUCGAGCUUAUGGCCGAAUCCUACCGCAGAGCGCAUGGAUGAUGCUACCCCAACUCUCUGGACUAUUUGGCCAAAGCUUGUGGGUCCAGCUGCGGCUGAAAGGGGUUGUGACGGUGCCGAAAAAUUGCGGCGUUGGGUCAUUGUCGUCGAGAUCUUUCCGAAAAUGUUGUUCGACGUUGACGUGUUCUUCGUACGGUGGUGUAGUGGAAUUUUCAACAUCGGUUCGAGGGGGUGCGGUAUCAUACGCAACCCACGGUACCGCCGGGUCCGUUCUAAUCCAGACCCGUG